AUGCAAGCCUUUGACCGUGACCAAGGGCCACCAUUGCAACGAGGCUGCUCCCCUUGGAGAGCUGGUAUUGGGACGGUUGUCCCACAAACCGCCGAGUUCGAGACAUUUGAUCGGCACCCAAGUUGUCUGUCUGUGCCGUUCUCAUUCACUCUUUCAGAUCCGGGCUGCGGCCCUUAUGCUGCUGGCUGCACUGCAUCAUAUGUCCAACUUCCCAGGAUGCUGGUUUCUGAAUUCCGUUUUGAACAAAGGGGUGGCAAGUUGCGAUGCAUCAUCUGUGGUGCGACUCGGCCAGUUUCUGAAGACCAAUUGCUGUUCUCCCUUCCAACAAUUUCUUCUGCACUUUUGGUCUUUGACCUGUUAGAAACCAUGUCAGAACACAGGGAUGGUUUCAGUGCCAGCCCGGACCAUAUGUAA